AUGAGAUACAUGCUACUCUGCGCUGCACUGUUCCUGCCUGAAAGGCUUGCUGUCCCAGUUCAGUUUAAGCCAGAGCCAUGGAGCUCCGGAGACCUGAAGCAUAUGCAGAAUUACCUUGACAGGUUCUUUCCAUCCCUUAAUAAAGCAGGUGACCGUACCUUAGAAGAGAAAAUUAAAGAGAUGCAGAAAUUUUUCCACCUGACUGUAACAGGAAAAUUUAAUUCAGAAACGGAGGAAAUGAUGGAUCAGCCAAGGUGUGGCAUCCCCGAUGUAUUAGAUUACAGCACAUUUCCAGGAAAUCCAAGAUGGAGGAAGAAUUUGUUGACUUACAGGAUCCUUAACUAUACACCUGAUCUGCCUCGUUUUAUGGUGGAGGAAGCAAUCGAAAAGGCUUUUAAGGUGUGGAGUGACGUGACUCCACUGAAGUUUCAAAAAGUUGCCAGGAGAGAAGCAGAUAUCCUGAUCCGUUUUGCGCAUGGUGAACAUGGUGACUCAGCCCCCUUUGAUGGAAGAGGGGGAAUACUGGCCCAUGCCUUUGCACCUGGCUCAGGGUUAGGAGGAGAUGCUCACUUUGAUGAGGGUGAGAAGUGGUCACAAGAUCAUAUAGGAACAAAUUUGUUUCUUGUUGCUGCACAUGAAUUUGGUCAUUCUCUGGGACUUGGUCAUUCAAAUGUUCAAGGUGCUCUGAUGUACCCUAUCUAUCGCUACUGGGACCCAGACACCUUCAGACUUCCAGCUGAUGACAGACAAGGAAUUCAGAAAUUAUACGGCCGCAAAAGUGAAAACUUCUAAAGAACCAUGGUGUGUUUAAAAAGAAUGAAGAAUUCACAACAGAAAUGUUUCGUUUUAUUUCUUCAG